GUGGUUUUCCUAUUGUCAUUCGACAGAGCGGUCGGUAGGUGGCGCUUUAAGUUUGCGGCUCACUUUCAAAUGCGACAACAGGGAAAGUGUUAAAGCAAUGCUUCUGUUAGUUUAACGCUAGUGUCGUCGUUUAAAAUACAGUUAAUUGUGCUAAACACCUGUUCGUGCAACAGACGUAUUAUGCUGCUGGUGUGCCCAUGUGGACAUGCAGCGGUACCGGUGGCCAGGUUUUAAGAUGCAGCUUCUUGGAGAGCUGCAGAGACAACAAAACAAUGCCCAAUUCUGCGAUACCCUGUUGCAAACCGAGGGUAUUUCAGUCCCAACCCACAGUUGCAUCCUUGCAGCUCUCAGUCCCUACCUGUCUCAGAAGCUGUCCGCCUCCCCGUCUCCUCCAUCAGGUCAGAAGCGCCAGAUCCAGCUCCAGGCUUUGAAGGCCCAGACCCUGCUGAAGCUCGUUGCUCUUCUGUACUCUGGGAAGCUGGAGGUAAAAGGAAGCGGAGAGCAGAAUGACGUGCUGUCUGCAGCCCGCCAGCUUGGGAUCACAGACCUUGUUGAAGGACAGGAAAAGGGAGGGGGGGAGGAGGGAGACCCCCAGGAAAAUAGUUUAGGGAGUUGCAGAGAAAAGGCAGAAGCAGGCGGAGAGAGAAAUGAAAGCGGAGAAAUGCAGGAUGCGCAAGUUCAGACUGAAAUGGCUGAAAAGAGAGCUGCAGAUUCUCCGAUUGAAAAGAGAAGUUAUGUAUCCACAGGCACACAGACUGUUAGAGCUGGUGAAAAGAUGGUGGGCAGUUCUUCUACUCAAUCUGGCCAAACUAAACAUCCAACCCCAGAGCCUGCAUGCUCUGAAGCUCAAAGUUUGGGUUUUUCUAUGUCAGUGCAAUGCCCAGACGUCACACAUGAUAAACAUUUAUUCUCCACUCCUUGCCUACCUUUUUCCAGUAUGCACAGCGGAGCACGAAGCGAUGGACAGUCUACGUUAGACCGAUCCUCUGACAGCGUAACAAAUCCCACGUCAACUUCAGCUUUGCCCAGCAGCGCGAUGACCCUCCCCAUUUCCCUCAACGACGACUCAAACGCCCCAACACCUCAGGAAGACGGCACCAACCAGCAGUCAUCUGAGUUUGGGGACAGUGUACAAGUGUUGGCUAAGGAAGGAACAGGAUUGGUGGAUGGGGAAACAAAUGGCAAAACAGCUGAGGAUAGAACAAAUACAGAGCAGCCAAGCAACAGAGAUGAGAUGCUAGGAAAGGAAAAAGGAAAGCCUACAGGGAGGAGGCGUACAAAUAUCGGGAUAAAGAACAUGGCUAAGAUGAAACGGAUGCAGACGAUUAUGAACGCCACACAGAUUUCUUUCAAGGUGAAGCUGAGGAGGAGGACCAGGACGAGGACCAAAGGAGAAGUGUGGGAGAUUGUGAGCAUACAUGACAGCGAUGAGUCAUUGUCAGUUCUUACCUCCCUGAAACAGGAUGGCUCCAACCACAAAAGGCCACAGGCAAGCAGUGAGCCUCCUCCCUCCUGUGUCGAGCAUGGCCUCAUUCAUAAAUCAGAGACCCAGAAUCUUCAACCUGCUCCCACCGACUCCCCUGAACCACCACCACCCCCCCACUCCAACACCACGUCUGUCUCCCAGCCUCUCUCUAGUGACUGCUUCGCCCCAAACCAAAACGACGGCGUCGAGUCAGUCCCACUCCCCCAGCCUCCUGGCCCUGCAGUGGAGUGUGAUGAGCAGAUAGAGAAGCUGUUGGAGGACAUCAUGAUGGGCCUGAACAUCCUGCCAAACUUGGACAGGGACUGCAAGAAGUCUCAUUAUCCUCAACCAAUACGUGACGGAGCGCCGGCCAUUUGCCAGGUCCCCGUUACAGAGAAUGAGCAGCCGCAGAGUCCGAUGCAUGCUGCCGUCAGUGCAGCAGGGUGUGUGUAUUACCAGGAUUUUGGGACACAAAUUGGUCACUCGUCAACAGAUGCAGGUAUCUAUUGUUACUUUACAGCUCAGAACCAGGCCAGCUGCUCAAGCCUUUCAUCUUUACAGCCGGCUGCUGUGCUAAUCCAGCAGCAGCAGCCGAGCUCUCCUCAGUAUCACUCCUCUGUCCCAGCCGUGGGACAAAGAGAUGGAACCAGCCCCCAGCACAUGCCACUGUCCAAAAGUCCAAAUUGUCCAUAUCCUGAAGCACCCACAACAAGCUCAGUCCUACCCACAGCUCUCUACUCCAGCGAUCAGAAACUCCUUACCACCGUUACUUAUUACCCAGCAUCCCAGGACCCGUCUUCACAGGUCAAUGAGAACAUCCUGCAGCUUUUACCGCUGACGAAUGAAAACGGGGGCCAGUCCUUGUAUCCUUUACCUUGCAUGGAUGAUUUGCGGCUCCCGCGAUGUCUCUCUCCGUUAGAGCAGUCUCCCUCAGCAGCAGAACCCGAGACUACCCUCAACGACUCACCGCACCAAAGGGACAAAAUUCCGCCACAGCCAUCUCUACACGGGCGACCCUGGCUCACGCUAAACCACGGGCCGCUACAAUUUCCUCUCAGUGCGAUCACUCAAGGAGAAAAUAAAAGCGCGCUUUUACCACAGGAUACAAACCUCAGCUGUCGGCCAAAGCAAAGGCCGAAAUGUCUGGAGUUGAGCCUACGAAAAAAGGAUGCAGCAUCCUGGACUGUGGAAGAGAGAGGAGCAAUAUCUACUGGACAUCAAAAUGUUUCUGAAGUGAAGUUGUGUCCCGUGAAGAUGAAGGAAAGUUUAGAAUCUAAACAAAGUGACACUCAAGGUGAUGCAGCAGCGUCUAAAAAGAGGAGGAGAAAGCGCACAAGUGAAGAGGAUGCUGCAGCGCCUAAAAAGAGGAAGCGAAAGCGCACAAGUCCUCUACGAGAGGCCAGUUCUCUUUUGGCAUACCAACAUGUGAAAGUCAUUGAUGGAACAAAGGGUCAAAUAAACCUCAGCGUUUGUUCAGUCAGUUUGUCGAGCAACAAUGUGCUGGCGAAGGAAAGAGAAAUGGCCGCCUCUUCUUCAAACGGGCAAAACAAAUUUGCGGGGAAACCCAAUGAACUGUCAACCAUCACAGAAAGUCAAAAAGAGAAAACCAGAGGGCCUGGGGAUCUCAACACUGACCGGACACGGGUCACUACCAGGGCCUUUUUGAAAAAAGCUCAAGAGAUGCCAAGUAACUCAGGCAUAAAACAUGUUUUAAAACCCAUCGUCCAUAAAGCACAGGUUGUGAAUGAACCAGGAGUCUCCAAACGGGGACCCGGAAGGCCACGGAAAAACAAGGUUGAAGAGAGCCCUCCAGAGAGCUCUCCUGCCAUUGAAAAAAUUAGCCCCCCUGCCAUGAUUGAAAAAAUUAGCUCUCCUGCUGUCGUUGAAAACAUGAGCUCUCCUGCCAUCAUUGAAAAAAUGAGCCACAAUUUAGAAAAAAGUGGGCUGCAAAUUGACAGCAAUUUGCUAAAGGAGGACAGUGCAAAAACAAAGAGAGAGUGUAGAAAACGGAGGAGGAAUAGAAGCGAAGUGGAAGAAAUUCCACUGAAGAAGGCCGUAAGUGCUGAGAGCCCUGUAGAGGCUCAGGCAGACGACAAGAAUGACGUGACCCCAGAGGGGAAAAAACGUAGGGCACACAAACGGCCACGGCGGGUCACUCUGAAGGAGUUUGAGAAGCUCAUCAAACGCCAACACUCGAGAACAAGGAAGUCCCAAGAAGGCCAGGACAAGAAAACAAGUGGAACUGCAAGAGAUGCAGAAAGUGAAGGAAAGGCAUGUGGGAGCAGAUUUGAAGAAUUAACCAAGCAGACGGAAUUGGACAUUGCUAAGCCUCAGAACACGGACGGGAUUAAAGAGUCUUGCGUACUCUUUCAUGUCAAAAGUGAUAAAAAUCACAAUCACAUUUCCUACAAAUCCCAGGAAGAUGACCCAAACUGCUCUACUAGUAAGGAGACCAGUUUGUUUGGCGACUGGUCCCAUCCGGUGUCUUCCUUUGAUGUCUCGGGAGACAAGGGGGCCAAGUUUAAGCAGCCACUGAAGGAUCCUGAUGAAGCACAAAAAGCCUGUGAUACAGGUACAACACAGCAGACUGCUAUCAACGACGAAGGCUCGUCUCACCGGGACCCCCACCUGCCUCAAGAAGACAAAAGGCCUUUGGAGCACGACUUAAAGCUCCGGCUCCGGACGCCCGAGACAACUGGUCCACCUCGGCCACAAACUGUUGGCUUCAGCAAGAGCUCGGGCUGCGAUCAAGCAGAAGAGGAGGAGGAGGAGGAGGAGGAGAAGGAGGAGAAGGAGGAGGAGGAGAAGGAGGAGAAGGAGGAGGAGGAGGAGGAAGUGGAGGUGGACGUUCUGUUCUACUCCCCAGACAAAGUGCCUCAGACCAGAGAGUGUGAGAAUGGACUCGACAACAUGGAAAUAACUCCGGAGGAGGAGGAGGAGGAGGAGGAAGACGUAAACGAGAUUGAUGUAACUGGAGACGAGGCAGAGUAAUCAUUGUAUAUGUGCAUAGUUUUUACUAUGUUGUGUGACUAGUUAGGCAGGCCUAAUGUUCUCUCUGUUCUGGUUUUAAGUAUGUUCACAGAGAUGCCAGACAGUCCAUUUUUCUGUGACGCUAUGUGUAAUAGUUUUUUUAUGUCCUUCCUUUUCUGUUUUCACCGUCAGUCGUUUGUCUGCAAGAAUCAAUUCUGGUUUUGAGCCUUUUAUUUAGUUCCAUAUACAAGGUUCAAGUGGAUGUUUAAUUUCCAUUAAUGAUACGCCAAAGCAUCGAUGACAAAUAAGAAAAAAGUUCACUAAUGUUUACAUUUGUCAGUGUUACAUUUUCAGUCGUUUGAAUGAUCAGACUGAUUAAGGUAACGGCAUUGUGUCACUAUAAGUAACUAUUAGAAGAAAAUAAAUCUUGUUUUGAGCCUGUAUUUGUAAAGCAGUGUUUUGUGUAACUUUCAUAAUUAUGGUUUAUUAAAAAGUUUAAAUCUGA